GACACGAGAAGCCGCCGCCCACGUUCUUGCAUGCCUCGCUGCUCCACACGCCAUUGAACGUCCGGUCAGUUUUCGAGUAACUGACUGACCACCAGGUGGUAAUAAAGAUGACGGUCACCGUUUGGACACACCCCAAACACAGAAAUGUCGCAGUUGCCGCCACUAUGGUGUCCAUGAUGUCCUGCCUAUUGGACCUCUACGUCAUCUUCUUCAUCCCUUGGUUCACCAACAAAAGGAAAGAGUUUGGCGUAACAAACGCCGACAGAAAUGGGUAUCACUUUAUUAAUACAGAUGUUGUUUGCACGGACGAUUUUUGCGUCAAGUCCUCGUAUGCAAAUAUGCCAGAUUGGCAGAAAUUGGCCUUCACCUUGGGCGUGAUCGGGGCCACCAGUUGUGUCCUGAGUUUCGGGGUGCAACUUUUUCUGUUCUGGCCGAUCAUUGGCACAGGCAGAGUCUCCUGCAAUCUCUUGCGUAUCUGCAGGAUUUUGGAUUUCUAUGGAUCUCCGCCGAAGUUCAUUGCGGCCUUUAUCUAUAUCGCUCACGCAGGGGAAAUCAACAAAAACUUUGCCUGGCGGAAACGGGAAGCUAUCCUGCAGCUGGAGGUACUGCCGAUUGGUGUGCUGCUUAUAUCUUAUAUCUUACAAGUUAUUUGCUUCAUCGGUAUGACUGUGGCGAUAGACCGUGGUCCACCUAAUGGACCUCCCUACCUACAAAUUAUACAUGAAGAUUUAAAAUUGGCAGAGGAGGAGCAAGAGAUUGCUACACAGGAUGUUACGGUUACAAGAAGAAGAAGCUCUUUCGUGCCGGACUCGUCUGAAGACCACAAGCGCAUUCUCCGCAAGGUCAGCGUUGCAAAUGAUAACCAAGAAUCGGCUGUUUAAAGCUUGUUUUUUUUUAACCAUGUCAGUUUCUUUUUCCAUUAUAUUAGUAUGAACUUUUGUCUUAUUUUCAAAUUGAUUUGAAAAAGGAAACAAAUAGCUUCACGUUGAGUGACUUUAGACUUUAGAAUUAACAUAGAUAGUCCUUAAUAUUUGGCCACAUUCGCCUGGCAUAUUGAUUUAAGAGAUGACACUAUUCAUCCCGAUACAUUGAAAAUAGAAAAUUAAUCUUUUAAUUUUCUGUUCUAUAAAUAUUUGGCGUGUAAUUUAUUGGUUUGCUAUAAGUAGAAGCACAAUAAAAUAAUAAUACACAAAUUGCUUUUUUUUGGUCAAUAAAGUUUAUUUUUCCUACACA